AUGACGUCGGAGGACGUUUCUGGCGAUAAGAAGAAGAAGGUGAGUGGCCUGGCGACGGCUGCCAUCGGUGUCGCUACGGCCGCUGCCACUGGCGGUGUGAUCGGCUCUGCUGUGCAUGCCACCCGUUCCAAGCCUGAACACGGCGAUGAUGGCUCAACUGCUACAACAACGGAGGUGAAGAAGGCGACGGAGACGACGGAGACGCUUUCGCGUGAUUUCUGCUUGACGAAUCUUUCAAACUUCAGUGACAACUUUUACGAGACUGGUUCGUUGGAUGAAAAGCAAGCAGCUUGGAACGUGUCUCAGACGUUGUCAGUACAGUUCCCCGAGCUUGCUGCUCACGACUUUGGUCUUGAGCUCGGACAGUUCAAGCGUGUUUUGGUGAUCGAUGAAGUGUCCGAUAAGAACAGGAAGGUCCCAGACGCCGCCAAUGCACGAGAUCUGACCUCCAUGCUGAAGAAAUCGCCUAAGCUGUCCGGUGGUUAUGAAAAUGUGCUGAUCACGCAGGGCGGUGAGACGGUCUUCUAUGGCCCCGCGAAGUUCAUCAUUCGGCUCUUCCAAGAGUUUGGGUUUGCCCAGCCACAGAACAUCGACAACGAGGAGUUCUUGCUUGGCCUAAGUGGUAGCGGUACCAGCCAGUACCGCGUCACUGUCGUUGAUCGUGCAAACGAAGACAAGGAGAACCGACACGUCCAAAAUAUCUCUUCAUUCGUUAACUUCCCUGACGAUACCGUUCUCUUGACAGAAGCAAACCUGUCCAACAAAGUCAAGAAAUCUGUUCCUAACGAAAAACAAGACGAAAAUCUGCAAAAUCCCGCACCAACAAUAAAUCGGAGCCCGCAUCCUUCCAAGCUCAAGCAUGCCGUUUCGAAAUCAACCGCGACCGAUGUUGAGCCCAGCUCUGCCGCUGUGGUGGCUGCUGGCACAGCUGCGAUGCGUAGUCUAUAUACUCGCCACGCACGCGAGGGCAGCAGCAGCUUGGAGUCAAUGACGUUCUCUGCAGACAUCGAUGCGGCUGCGCAGGAGAUCCAGCGCGUGUGCACUGGCGCAGCUUCUGACGAGGCAGCGCUGGCGUCGCUGCUGCUGUCGAAGACUGUGGAGCAGCGUUAUCUGAUUUGGUGGCGUUACCGCAUCCUGUUCAAGCAGAGUCUGACGGUGUGGGUGAAGAGCACGAGCAACUACGGCGUUCUGCUCCAGAUGCUGGCGAGUCCUUUAGAGCAAGUGGAGGCGGAGAUUCUGCGCAAGGCGACAAAGGGCCUAGGCACUACAGAGGAGUGGAUCUACCCGGUGGUGAUGGCUCGCUCGAACGCUGAGAUCGCGCUAUUGAAGAAGACGUUCCAGGAGAAGUACGGCGAGGACCUGGUGAAGGUGCUAAGCAGCGACCUGAGCGGCGAUCUGAAGAAGGUGAUCCUGGCGGCUAUGCGUGGCGAGGUGGCCGACUUCAACGCGUCGAUCCACACGAGCGCGAAGGCUGCUGCGGAUGCGGAUGCGUUGUACAAGGCCGGUGAAGGCCGCAUGGGCACAGAUGAGACGACGUUCAUCACCAUCCUAGUGCUAAGUCCUGCUGAGCACUUGCGCAACAUUAACACUGCGUACAUUGCGAAAUACAAUACGGGCCUGGUGGGCGCAAUCACCGCGGAGUUUUCUGGCGGCGCGAAGCAUGCGCUGCUGUUCCUGGUGCGGUCGGUAUUGGAGCCGGUGGAGCUACUGGCGCAGCUGUUCGAGACGACGCUGACGAGUGCCGGCAAGAGCGCGUACGGUGUGAGCGCGUGGGUUGUGCGGUACUACCGUCUUCUUGUGCGCAUUCGUACUGUGUACAUGCGCCUAUACGGCCAAGAGCUGCGCACGCGAAUCCAGAGCGUGGCGAGCGGCGAGUACGGCCAGUUGCUUCUGUCGGUGUUUGAUGCGGCGGAGGUGGAAUUCGGUGCGUCUGCGUCGGAAUCUGGUUCGACUAGUGGUGCUGCUGUGAGGAGUUCGAGCACUGUCAUGAGUGACUCGCGCGCUUCUGUGAGUGGUGCUGCCAUCGGCAUGAGUGCUUCGGUGGAUGAGAAGGCAAGCGUUUCGUCGAGUGGUGCAGUGAGCGCGCGUGCUACGGAGAGUGUGGCUGGCACGAGGAGCGUGUCUGGCAGCUCGAAGACGGAGACGUCUGGCGUGAGCGGUGAGCCCAGCUCUGCCACUGUGGUGGCUGCUGCAGCUUGGAGUCAAUGA